AUGCACCCAAGGCUUUCCUGGGGCACCGUGCCAUUCUGGCUCAAGCCGGGCCCGAGAGGGGCUUCGCAGACGGUUGGGUUGAAGUCUGGCUUGCGUGUGGGUGGCAUGUCGACCGUGCAUUUGCCUCCGGCCGGCGAGAUCAAGGCCGCGGUGGACGGCGCGCCCACUUCGGGCCCGAAAGCGAGGGAGGGCCGGCGGACACUGAAGCAACUCUCGCAGAGGUGCCCGCAGGUCGAUGCCAGCGAUGAGAACAACUUGCGCCUCGUGGUUGCGAUGAAAAGUCUGGGGGUGACUAACGUGAACCUGUCCACUUUCAAGGACUGGGCGAAGAAGGUGACUGGGUUCGUCACUGACGAACAGAUGGUGUACUUGCAGCCAAAAGCAGAUCUGACACCCACGCCUGCUCAGAGGAAGUGGCUCGUGCCGGAGUGGAAAGUGAAGGGGGCGGUGGACACUGAGACGUACUGGGUGUUCGAGACGGGGACGCCGGGCGACCUUUUGGGCAGCCUGCCCAUCCGGAGGCGCAUCGGCGUCACGGGGACCCGAGACAUGGGGGAGCAGGCGGGGCUGCUGGCGCUCGGGGGGGGCGCGGCCACGGCCUCCGGGAGCCGUUCCAGCGGGGCCGCAGCGCCGACCGUGGAGCCAGCCGAGCAGGAGGAGACGAGGAAGGGGGAGGGGAACGGCGAGCCCGCGCCCGCCAAGCCCGGCUACGACCCAGGGGCCAAGCGCCCUUGCCCAGGGGGCGGCGCGGGCGGUGCUGCAGACAAGCGCCAGCGCCCCCUGCCACAGCAGCCCAGCGAUCCCGACCACGAGAAGCUUUGGAAGGGGACCGCGGCGCUGUUCAAGGGGUGCAAGGAGGACUGCAAGGCGGGCCGGUACAUGAGCCCCGACGCAAUGGAUGGCAACAACGCCUUGUUCAAAGUCCGGAUGUUUACUUCCUGGUUGGCCGAUAGGCAGGGGGGGGCUGCUGGCGCGGCCGCGUAUUUGCCACGCGAGAAGGAGUUCUUCAAGUUCGUCGUCCAGUGGCUGCUGGAGGGCGACACCUGGGCGCGCAUGCCGGCGUUUGUCAAAGUCUUCGAGGAGGCGGAGAAAUUGGACGGAUCCCUGCUUCCCAAGAUCGUCAAAGCGAUCAGUGCACUCUGCAAGGUGCCGCUCACGGCGGGUUGGAAACACGGCAGCACUGAGGGCCAGGAGGUCGACUUGGCAUCUUUCAAGCUCAGCCCAGGAGAGACGGCAAUCUUGACAGACUGCGCUUUCUUCCGGUCGUUCAAGCAGGCCCGCUUCGAAGCGCUCUUCGCGCUCGCCAAG